UGAAGAAUAAACUUUGAAACAAUAAACGUACUAUCAACAUCCCGCCUUGAUCUGUCAUAAUCCCGUUAGGAAAACAGGUUGUUUUCUGGUGGUUUUGGAGGGGGCUUUGUUCUCGCUUUUUUACACAAGAAGAAAUGAAAUAAACCUGUUCAGAGACUAUUGUUGUCUUCUCAAAACAAAAAAUGAAGGAUUUCUUUGCUGAAGAGCUGAAGGAGUAGGUUAUUUGGUGGCUGUAAAAACUCCUUGUCCUAAAGACGGUGUGGUCUAUGAUGACAAACUAGAAGAAAGAAAAGUUGAGGUGAAAUUUAAACUUGAAGUUGGUCGACUGGAUGUAUCCCUGGUUCGCGAGCGCUAAAUCAGCCUUGAAGACUUGCAAAAUCAAUGAAGCAGCGUUCAAGACCAGUGGACAAUGAACAUGUUUGAAAACCAAUGAUUUUUUAAACUGGAAGGCUAUUUCUUAUCCUAUACUUCUCGAUGUCUUCAAACGAAGAAAAAGCUAUCUAUGUCCUAGAACAACUGAACGAACAGCUGUUAUGUCCAGUUUGUCUAGAGAAGUUCACUGAGCCAAAAUUGCUGGGUUGUCAUCACACAUUUUGCACCAAAUGUUUGAUGCGGAUCAUAAAUAACUAUGAAUCCCCCCACGUCACAUGUCCGACGUGUCGAGAUGAAACUGAAAUCCCAGAGAAGGGCAUCGAAAGCCUUCCGACAAAUUUCUUCGUCAACAAUAUGCUGAGCUAUUUAUCGCUGGAUGGCGAGCAGUUGGAGAAAUUGAGAACUGAACGGAAAUGUGAGACGUGCGAUGAGCCAGAAUUGGCUGAUGUUGCAACUUCGAAAUGCGUUGACUGUUCCAAAGUCUUGUGUGGCGCAUGCGUAGCUGAUCAUAAACGAGCCCGCGCUACAUUGGAUCAUAGAGUUGUUGCGCUUCUGGGCUGUGACACAGAGGCUGAUAAACAAGAAUUAGAUCGGUAUAGCGUCAGUUUCUGUAAGACGCAUACAAGAAAUGUCAUCAAGUAUUAUUGUAUCACGUGUGACACGACCGUUUGCCGAGUGUGUACGAUCUUGGAACAUCGUGAACACAGAUAUGUCUACCCAAAGGAAGCAUUACCAGAGCAGAAAGAAGAGAUCGCAAAGCUUCUCGGGACGACUAAAGACCGAAUCCCUGAACUCAAAGACGCACUAGGAAUGGUGCGAGAGAUGUCGGGAAAAUUAGCCGACUGCAAGACGACAAUUGUCGAAGAGAUUAAGCGGAACGCGAACGAACGGGUAGCCGCCCUCAGAGACGCGGAGGAGAAGCUCUUGCGACGUCUCGAGAUUAUUUACACUGGGAAACAGAAGGUCCUUGGUCUUCAGAAAGAUGGCUUGGAGUUAGAGCUGGGAAAGAUAUCUGGAUGUUGUGAAUUUGCUGAAAAUGUCUUGAAGUAUGAGAAUGAGGUGGAAAUUCUGACGAUUAAGAAUAAGUUAAAGAGUUUGAGCAAUGUCAAGUUGAUACUGGACCCGGAAGAAGACGAUACAAUUCAAUAUACGGCCGACCCCGACUUCCUUCGCACUGUGUCCCAGUCUCUUGGCAUUAUACACGCCAGUAGCACGUUUGCCUCGUUGUCCUUCGCAUUGGGUGAUGGGAUAUCCACUGCAAGAGUGAAAGUUGAGGCAAGCUUUCAGGUGAUCACGAAAGAUCGCCAUGGUAACAGGAAGGAAGGUGGUGAUAGGCUGAAUGUUAUGGUAAAACAACCUGAUGCUACUAUUUUGAAAUCUAAAGUCAAGGACGAAGGCGAUGGAACGUACCUCGUGACCUACACACCCGAACAGAAUGGAAGGCACGAGAUAUCAGUUACAAUUCAAGAUAAGCCAAUUAAAGACAGCCCGUUUAAUGUCCUUGUUAUUAACCGUCGAGAAUAUAACGAAGUAGGAUCAACGUUGAUGAGGUUUGGUCAAUAUGGAAGCAAGAAGAAAGAGUUCAAAUCGCCGUUUGGCGUAGCUUGUGAUCACUCAGGAAAUAUUUAUGUUGCUGAUAGUUAUAAUCAUCGUGUUCAAGUGUUUGGCACGAAAGGAGAGUUUGUUCAUUUCUUCGGCGCUCAUGGUGAAAGAAAAGGUGAGUUUAACUGUCCAACGGAUGUGGCCGUAGACUCCGCUGACCGUGUGAUCGUUUGCGACAACGGUAACAAUCGUAUCCAGAUCCUCACACAAGGGGGCGCGUUCCUUGGGAAGUUUGGCCGCGAAGGAGUUGGGAACGGGCAGUUUAAGUCCCCUUGGGGAGUGGCCGUCAACGAAGCAAGACAAAUCCUUGUAGCAGACAUGGAAAACCAUCGAGUGCAAAUCUUUAGUCCUGAGGGAAAAUUUGUGUUGAAAUUUGGUUCGUUUGGUGAGAAGAAUGGCCAGUUUAAUUCGCCAUGUUAUGUCUUGGUUACCAAGGAAACAGAGGAUAUCAUUGUCGCCGACUCCAAGAAUCAUCGAUUGCAGUUCUUCGACAGAAAUGGUCGCUUUAGAAGAAAGAUGGGAUCUCAGGGGGUACGUGAGAUGCAGUUCACCCAUCCUAGAGGCUUGGCACUUGAUGUCUGUGGCCACUUAGUGGUUGCUGAUAUGGGCAAUCAUCGCUUGCAGAUCGUGACGCUCGAUGGAAGACUAGUGAAGACUAUCGGCUCAGAAGGUAGCGGUGAUGGGCAGCUUUCGUUCCCAGAAAGCGUCGCGGUCACUCCCAACACCGGAUACAUCGUCGUGUCUGACCUGAGCAACAACCGAAUCCAAGUAUUUUAAGGCUCUGGAUGCUCUGCCUCGUAUUUUUCCACCAUUCGAUAUUCAAAUGUACACAAAGAGAAUGUUGAAUAUAUUUCUCUAUUGAUUACUCAAAGUAUAUAUUUGCACACUCAAUUGAUAGUUUAUAAAGUUUUAUUGUGAUUAGAUAGUUUACUAAAUAUUGAUUUGAACUGCAUGUUUGUGAUACACGUGCACUAUAACAAAAGCAAGUAUAUUUUUCAAUACAGUUAUAACAUUGAUUAAUAACUGAUAGUCUAAUGCAUUACGUAGAAGAAGGUAAACAGGACGAAGUUUCCCAGUAUUUAUUCGACGGGCUUAAACACUAUUUUGGUGGCUAUUUUGUAAACCGUUAUGUUGUGUAGACAGAGAAAGGAGUUG